UGUCAAUCACCAGGGCAUUUCUAGUGUCUGGUUUCCUGUGUUACCACCACCCUUGAGCUGAGACAGUGAAGACGGGUUGGGAGUUUUCUUUUGGUUUCCGACCAGGAAUAGGUCAAUAAAGUGUACAGCGCUUGUAGGAAUUACUCUAAGGCAUUUAAUCAAACUGGACUGCAGUCUCUCUCUGACGGACAGUGUGAAUCAUGGCUCUUCCGUUUAAGAAAGAUCUGGAGAAGUAUAAGGAGAUCGAUGAGGAUGAGAUUCUGAACAAUCUUUCAGAGGAGGACCUCAAGCAACUGGAAAGUGCUCUAGAGGAGAUCGACCCCGAGAAUGCUUUGCUGCCAGCUGGACUCAGGCAGAAGGACCAGACCACAAAAGCAGCCACCGGUUCUUUCAACCGUGAUAACCUGCUACAGUAUCUGGAGAAGGAGGCUAUGGACUAUAAAGACAGAGAUGAUUAUGUCCCCUUCACUGCAGAGAAGAAAGGAAAGGUAUGGAUUCCCAAAAAGAAACCAAUCGAGAUCCAUCAGGAGGAAGCCACCACCCUUGACCCGGAAUUGGAAGAGGCACUUUCUAGCGCUACUGACACAGAACUGCAUGACCUGGCAGCUAUUCUUGGAGUGAACACACUCACGCGGAGUUAUGACGGCACCUGUACAGACGGUUAUAACAAUGUUGUUCAGGGAGAAAAGGUAAAGCCAGUUUUUGAUGAGCCACCAAACCCUACAAACGUAGAGGAAACUCUGCAGCGGAUAAAAUCCAAUGAUUCCUCACUGACCGAAGUCAAUCUCAACAACAUAAAGAACAUUCCAAUCCCGGCUCUAAAGGACUUUGCAAAAGCCUUGGAGAGGAACACUCAUGUGAAGAAGUUCAGUCUGGCUGCUACCAGAAGCAAUGACCCUGUUGCCAUGGCCUUCUCAGACAUGCUACGAGAGAAUAAGACACUAAAAAGUUUGAAUCUGGAGUCUAAUUUUAUCACGGGCACAGGAGUUCAGGCUCUGGUGGAAGCUCUGCGGGACAAUGACACGCUAGCAGAGAUCAAGAUUGACAACCAGCGGCAGCAACUCGGUACGUCAACAGAGAUGGAGAUCGCUAAGAUGCUGGAGCAGAAUACAAGCAUCGUGAAGUUUGGGUACCAAUUCACCCAUCAGGGUCCCAGAUCCCGUGCCGCUGCCGCAAUCACAAAAAACAACGACCUGGUGCGACAGAGGCGAGUAGAGAAGGAUGUGUAGAACAUAUUCUCCUCUUUCUCUCUCUCUCUCUCUCUCUCUCUCUCUCUCUCUCUCUCACAAGCUCAUCAGACUCUUGUGCCAAACCCUCUGAGGGAGCCGCUUCACCUAAAGAAGGGACACAACUGGAUACUUUGCCUCCCUAAUGUUAAUACUCAAUGAUAUUUUUAUGUUAUGUUGUAUUAUUAUUAUUAUUGUUAAUUGUUGUUUGUUUUAUAGCUGAAACUCUUUUGCAGCCAAUUCUUUUUUGCUGUGUAAAACCCUUUUCUGCUCUUUUCUUUAUAAAAGUUAUUUGAAACGAAACUAAACCGCUUGCAACAGUUACACACAAGCACUCAAGCACUAUAGUGAUCUCUACAUGGAUGGGCUGGAUCAGAACCUGUCACCCACAUUCACUCUGAACAAAUCUAGACUCAACUGGACUGGAUCUGCUGUGUUCCCCGCUUAAUGUGAGAUAAAUCUAGAUUUGUUGAGUCUGGGUUUGGAGCAGAUUUCAGCAGAAUGAGAGUUAGCCAAUGAGGGCCAUGCUGUUUGUAACAGACACUCCUUUAUAAAAGUCAUCUAUAGUCUCGCUGUUAGCUUCACUGUGAGUGUGAGAAGAUUGUGCGGCUGUAGUUUUAUCAGCAUGGGUUGUGGUUGGAUGUCUUUGGGCAGCUGGGUUGUCUCAAAAACUCUCAGCUUCCACACUGCGCCUCGGUUUUGCUGCCGAUCAAGACGAUUCAUAUUGUAAAAUUCACCUCUGUUCCCGAAAUACACCAGCUGAUACUGGGUGUCUGAAGAAUUACAAGUGCUAAUUUAAGAUCAACGCCCCAUUUUCACCAAAUGUCUUUGGAAAUGGAAAAAUUUGUACUAGAUCAGCACUGACAACCCUGAACGAAGGUUAAAGAUCGACAGGUUUCACUUAAAACUAUAGAGGUAUAUUUCCACCGAGCAAUGCACUAAGGGAUUUUUUCUUCUUUUUUUUCAAUACAGGAAGUGAGCAUUUAUGUAAUUUAGUUGUCGGCUAUAGAUUUGGAUAAGAGUAUCAUUUCUGUAGAUAAAUCUAAAAUGGCUUUACUAAUACCAUGCCAAAGACUAACACCUAAAUACUCUAAUCUUCAGGACUCUUAACUGAU